AUGGGGCCAAAAAUGAAAUCUAAUGGAGGGAAAAUUGCAUGGGGAGCAGUCUGUAAGCCUAAGGAACUUCUGGACUUGAAGAUUCCUCACUCAUGCUCCUGGAGUUGGAGGAAAAUUUUACAGCUGAGACACCAUGCAAGGCAUUUUAUCAAGCACCUUAUUGGCAAUGGGAUUGAUACUUCCUUUUGGUUUGACAAUUGGUCUGCUAGAGGGCCUCUGUGUUUAAGAUUCUCAUCAACCAUUCUAUCACUCUUAGGAAUUGAUGAGAAUACAAGUAUGGCAAACUUCAUUGUCAACAAUGGCUGGAAUUUCCCACCUGCUCUCCUCUCUGUUAUUCCAAAGCUAAACUCAAUCCAACAACCAGUGCCUCACAGAAAGGAUAAGUUGAUUUGGACUGUUUCUCCCUUUGAUUCUUUUAGCUUGAAACACACAAUUUCCCACCUCAUGGAUCAUGGUCCUUUAGUUCCAUGGUACAACCUGGUGUGGCACACAGCUUCUAUCCCAAGAAUGAAAUUUAACAUGUGGCUAGCAGUUCAAAGCAGACUUCCCACACUUGACUCUCAAGCUAUGGUUCACCAUGGUAAUACCUGUGUCCUUUGUGGAAUUGAAAUUGAAUCACAUUCCCAUCUCUUUUUUAGAUGUGACUUCUCAGCCCCUCUUUGGGAGUUUAUCCAAGCUAGAUGCAGAUUCUACAAUUAUUUUCUCAUAUGGGAAGACAUGAUUCUGUGGAUUAGUAGCCGAUGGAAGUCAAAUUCUCCAAUGAACAUCCUCAGGAAAAUCUCCCUGUCAGCCUUAGUAUAUCACACAUGGGAGGAAAGGAACAACCGUAUCUUCAGAGGGAAUCCAUCAACUCAGAACAGGGUUCUAACAAAGACCUCCUCCCCAUCCACCAGACUAAGAUGUGGAGGCUCUCUCCUCCAUCACCGCAAGCUUCGCUUACCGGAAUUGGUUUCAGUUCUCCAAGUUGCUCUGGUUGAGGGCUGGGUUGCUUUGGGCUUGUAUUUCCUGUGA